GAUGGGUGGGAGCCCCCCCUCUGCAAGAUGAGCAGCCAGAGGCCCCUGGUGGGCACACAGCCGCCCAGAUGGUUCCUGUGUGGGCUUGGCUCUGACCCCCUGGACUCUGUCCCCAGCCAGGCACGAGACGCCCGGGACGUGCCCAUCACGGCUCCUCCCCUCCCUCGGAGAAGGGUGGCUCACUGGCGGCCUCUCCCCGCCAUCGUUGGAGGCGUGGGUAGCAGCUGGGAGAACCGGCUGGGUGCUGCCCCUCCCCGUGGGCCGGGCCGCAGGUAGGCACCUGGCGGGCUCCCCGGGGCGGGCAGCAGACGCUACACCGCGCACACCUGGUCCCUGCUCGUCCUCCCCUCCCCACCCUUGCUCACCUGCCAUGGACGAGCCCUGCGACCUCCCGGCCCAGGACCUGUGGGGCGGCCACAGGGACGACAUUACAGAAAUCAGCCAAAAGCUGCAAGGUGAAUACUUCAGGUACAAGGGCGUCCCCUUCCCCAGCGGCCUGUACUCACCUGAGAGCAUCAGCUUGGCGGAGAACAGCCCCGACGUGCGGGACGACGACAUUUUCAUCGUUACCUACCCCAAGUCAGGUACCUGCCGGCUGGGGGGCGGGGGUCUCCACGGGGGUGGCCACACCGCUGCCUCCCAGGUGUGCGUCAGCUGGGACUGUAACCCAGGCUCUCUGAUGUGGGGUAUGAGCAUCCCCAGUGGCUAUUUGAUUUUUUGUUAA